UCACGCGCCUGCGCGUGAGGGCGUAAUUGCCCCGAAACUCAAUUUUUCGAAUGAUUUUCGAGAAGAAUAAGAGACUCCAGGAGGUCCCCUUCCGCUUCGCCCCCCAGUGAUCAACAGACGAAACACGAAACACCUUCAUCAGUUUACGAUUGUUUACGCAGAAGAAGAAUGAAUAACACUUGGAGCACUGAUAAGAUCGCGUGACUAGUGCACAAUUGUCAUGGAAAAAACAAACAUGACUGGGGGUAGAAAACGAAAUGUCGUUGUCACCGGUUUUGGGCCCUUUGGGGUGCAUCCUGUGAACGCCAGCUGGGAAGCUGUCAAAUUAUUGAAGGAGAGAUCGUCGAAAAAACUGAAGGAUCUUUACAAUAUCGACCUGAUCAUCGAAGCAAUCCCAGUCGUUUACGAUUACGUGGCUUCGAGGAUACCCGAGAUUUGGAAGGAGCACGAUCCAUUGUUCGUUGUACACGUGGGGGUCUCCGGCAAAGCUAACUGUGUAACGAUAGAGAGCCAUGCCUCCAGCAGUGGAUAUACGAGAAGAGAUGUUGUCGAAAAAUGCCCGAAUGACUGUGGAAUGGCAUGUACAAGGCUCAGUGUUGGCUUGGAUGUCAACGCAAUUUGUCAGAACGUUAAAGAUAAGUUCAAUUGUGACAUCUGCGUGUCAGACGAUGCUGGGAGAUACCUCUGUGAAUACACGUUGUAUCAAUCACUAGCCAUCGAGCAGCAUCGAACAUUGUUCGUUCAUGUGCCUGAUCUUGACUGCUAUUCCUCGGAGGAAACUGAACGUGGAAUUUUCGGGGUCAUCUGUUGUUUAAUCGAGAGUCUUGGAGAGUAAUUGAAAAUUUUUGAUGCCUCAGUUGUGGAUCGUUCGACCGAUUUUGAUAAUUAUUUUGUAUUCUCCAAUUUCAGAAAGCAAUUUGUAUUUUUAGAUCUAUCAAUAAAUUUUCAAAUUAUAAUUCUC